AUGAUGAGGACCAUGGAGAACUUCGCUGAGACCAGUGCCACACUAAACCCUAACAGGACCCCCAGGGGAAGGUACGUUUAUCUGGAAGCGUUCCUGCAGGGAGGAGCUCCCUGGGGUUUUACUUUGAAAGGUGGCCUGGAGCAUGGAGAACCAUUAAUCAUCUCUAAGAUCGAAGAAGGGGGCAAAGCGGACCUGGUGAGCUCCAAACUGCGGGCCGGGGACGAGGUGGUGCACAUCAACGAGGUGACGCUGAGCAGCUCCCGGAGGGAGGCCGUUUCCCUGGUGAAAGGAUCCUACAAGACCCUGCGGCUAGUGGUGCGCAGAGAUGCGUGUGCAGACCCGGACCCUGCAGAUACAGGCACCUCUGAGUCCUUCGGCCCAGGGCACCUGACCUCUGACCCCCAGCACAGGAAAGCAGUAUGGUCAGGAGGGGUUAAACUUCGGCUGAAGCACAGGCGCAGUGAACCUGCGGGCCGACCUCAUUCUUGGCAUUCAACCAGAUUUGGGGAGCACCAACCCGAUGCCAGCAUGAUGCAGAUAUCUCAGGGCACGAUUGGCACUCCUUGGCCCCAGAGCUACCAUUCCAGCUCCUCUACCAGUGACCUCUCCGGCUAUGACCAUGCUUAUCUGAGGCGGAGCCCUGACCAGUGCAGCUCGCAGGGGAGCAUGGACAGCCUGGAGCCCAGCGGGGGGUGCCCGCCCUGCCACCUUCUCUCCCCGGCCAAGUCUACCAGCAGCAUGGACCAGCUCAGCCACCUCCAUAACAAGAGAGACUCGGCUUACAGCUCCUUCUCCACCAGUUCUAGCAUCCUUGAAUAUCCGCCCCCCGGCAUCUCUGGCCGGGAGCGUUCGGGCUCCGUGGACACCACUUCUGCUCGAGGUGGCCUCCUAGAAGGGAUGAGGCAGGCAGACAUUCGCUAUGUUAAGACAGUCUAUGAUCCCCGGAGGGGGGUCUCAGCAGAGUAUGAGGUGAACUCUUCAGGCCUGCUUCUGCAAGGUAAGGAGGCCCGAGCAUUGGCAGAUGGUCAGGGCUAUGAGAAAUGGCAUAGUGUUCCUCGGUGCAAGGAAGCGCCACCCCCCUCCUGGAGCCAGCACUGCCCCAGCUCCUUGGAGACCACCGCGGACAACUUGCCUCCUAAAGUGGGUGCGCCUCUGCCCCCGGCUCGGAGUGACAGUUAUGCGGCCUUUCGGCAGCGAGAGCGGCCUGGCUCCUGGUCUAGCCUUGAUCAGAAACGGUUCUGCCGGCCUCAGGCAAACUCUGCAGGCACCCUGAAAUCUCCCUUCAUAGAGGAACAGCUGCAUACCGUGCUGGAGAAGAGUCCAGAAAACAGCCCCCCGGUGACGCCCAAGCAUAAUUACACCCAGAAGGCCCAACCUGGCCAACCUCUGCUGCCGACUGGCAUCUACCCGGUACCUUCCCUGGAGCCACACUUUGCCCAGGUGCCCCGGCCUUCCGUGAGUGGUAACGGCACCCUCUACCCUGCGCUGGCCAAGGAGGGCGGGUAUCCAGCUCCGCAGGGAGCUUGCGACAAGACGGCCACCCUUGAUGAGAAUGGGAACCAAAAUGGAUCUAGCAGGCCUGGCUUUGCCUUCUGCCAGCCCCUAGAACAUGACUCAGUGUACCCGGGAGAGAGGAAACCUGAAGUUUCAGCCAAAUGUGUCCCCUACAAAGUCCAUUUCCCCUCAGUGCCUGAAAACGAGGAGGAGACCUCCCUGAAGAGACUUCUCACACCUCUCCAAGGCAACAGCCCACAUCCCAGUGAGAGAAAGAGCACCCAGGGCAACAAAUAUUCUAAUUACCACGGCCUCCAAUCCCCUCAGGCUCAGGCCUGGCAAGUGGGUGAAGACAAGAGAUCUUUCCUGCCCUCAGAGCUUUGGGAGGGUGAUUUCCAUGAAGACCACAAUGCCAACCUCCGGCGGAGGCUCGAGAGAGGCAGCCUGGGCCAGAGCAUGCCAAGCAACUUUGGCAAGACCACAUCUGCCUUCUCCUCCCUCCAGAACAUUCCUGAGAGUCUAAGAAGGCAAAGCAGCCUGGAUCUAGGAGGGGGAGCCCAGGAGAUCUACCUGGAAGGCACGUCCACCUGUGCAGUCAGCACCAAGGCAGAGGACUCUGGAAGGACUAUUGUUCCUGAUCACAGGAGCCAGCUGGACAGGUCAGUUUCCUAUCCCAGGCCUGAGGGGAGAACCAGUGCCUCGGCUUCGUUCCACAGUUCAGACCCGAGGUAUGAAGAGCUGCCCUCCCCGCCCCCGCAGGAGACAUCCAGUCUGGGCCGAAGGAGGCUCAGCUCCAGCAGCGCCUCGGCUCUGCAGGGCUUUCAGUACGGGAAGCCCCACUGCUCGGUGCUGGAGAAGGUUUCCAAGAUCGAGCAGCGAGAGCAAGGGAGCCAGAGGCCCCCGAGUGCGGGCAGCUCUAGUUACGGUUAUAACCACAGGCCCAACAGGACACUCCCAACUUCUCAUACUUCGGGGAAUGACUUGGAGGAGACAAAGGCCCAUAUCCGUUUUCCCGAAUCCACGGAACCCCUAGGCAAUGGGGAGCCGCACUGCAAAAACGGGGAGCCGAAGUCGGAAGAGGUUUCCUGGCAGCCGUGUGGUCAGCAGCCGAGGCGGGACGCUCGCCUGCUCCGCAGCCAGAGCACCUUCCAGCUCUUCAGCGAGGCCGAGAAGGAGGCCGUGUGGCCCGAUGACCGGCCCCGCACGCCAGAGUCGCCCGUGCAGGAAGCCCCCUUCAGCCGCGCCUACCGGAACAGCAUCAAGGAUGCGCAGUCCCGCGUCCUGGGCGCCACCUCCUUUCGACGCCGGGACCUCGAGCCGGGGACGCCCACGGCUGCCAGGCCCUGGCGGCUGCGACCCGCCUCCGCCCACGUGGGGUUGCGGAGCCCGGAGGCGCCGGCUUCUGCCUCCCCGCACACCCCGCGCGAGCGGCACAGCGUGACCCCGGCCGAGGGCGACCCAGCCCGGCCCGCGCCCCCCGCCGCCCGGAGGGGGCCGCGCCGGCACCUGACGCCCGAGCAGAAGAAGCGCUCGUACUCGGAGCCCGAGAAGAUGCACGAGGUGGGGGUCUCGGAGGAGGCCGAGCCGGCGCCCCCGGGCCCGCCAAGGAAGGGGCCGCAGUUCGCGGAGAGCUCGGUGGCUGACCGGCGCCGCAUCUUCGAGCGAGACGGCAGGGCCUGCUCGACCCUCAGCCUGUCGGGGCCCGAGCUGAAGCAGUUCCAGCAGAGCGCGCUGGCCGACUACAUUCAGCGCAAGACCGGCAAGCGGCCCGCUGCCGCCGGCUGCGGCCUCCAGGAGCCUGGGCCGCUGCGGGAGCGCGCCCAGAGCGCCUACCUCCAGGCCGCGCCCGAGGGCCCCGGCCUCGCUGCGGCCUGCAGUCUCUCCUCUCUGCGGGAGCCCAGCCUGCCGCCCCGCAGGGAGGCCGCCCUCCAGCCGGCCACCGCGGAAGGGGGUGGCGGGGAGCCGCCACGGGCCCCCCGAGAUCGCAGCAGCUCCUUUGCCGGCGGCCGCCACCUCGGGGAACGGCGCCGCGGAGACCAAGCCCCGAGAGAACUGCUCGGUGGAGCUACUGGCGGUCCAAAGGGCCCCCAGAGGCUGGACAGGACCCCUGGGGAACCCUCCCCAUGGGGGUCCGCGGCCGGGAGGGCCGGGAAGUCCAUGUCGGCCGAGGACCUGCUGGAGCGCUCAGACGUCCAGGCCGUCCCUGUCCACAUGAGGUCACGGUCAUCUCCCACCGCAGACAAGCGCCAGGACGUGCUUUUGGGGGAAAACAAUGGCUUUGGUCUUGUGAAGGAUCCAUGUUAUUUGGCUGGCCCAGGAUCCAGGCCAUUCAGCUGUUCCAGCCGUGAAGAGAUGUCGUUGCUCCAACACCAUCCCAGCCCUCGUUGCGGGGUUUCAGGCUGCAAAGCAGGUGGCGGUGCCUCCAUUCCCGGCAGGGGUCCGGGACCGCUGGACCCUCCAAGGCAGGCCAGCAGAACGCCUUGCCCCUGGCCCCUGUCCUCAGGAGCGCAAGGGCAUCUCCCGGACACCAGGGCUGCACCGCCAAGCUCAGCCCUGCCUGCCCCUGUCCCCUCGAGCUACUGCUCACAGGCCGCCGCCGCCCAGCCCUGCACCCCAGCCGGGACCCCCAGAAGUGGCGGCCACUGGCCGGCCCAACCUCCCAGCCCCGAGCGCAGGAAGGAGGAGGGAGCAGCGACGCGGCGCUCCCCGCCCUGGGUGACGCGGGCCCACGCGGUCAGAGAGGACAGCCUCCCGGAGGCUGCCGCAUCGCCUGGGUGCGCGAUCCCGAAGCACUACCCGAAGCCGCAGGCCCUCCCCAGCCCCAGCAGCACUUCCGACCCAGACACGCCCCUCGGGGCCCCAGACACGCCCCUCGGGGCCCCAGACACGCCCCUCGGGGCCCCGGGCACUCUGGGCAGAAUCUCCCUCCGGAUCUCUGAGUCUGCCCUGCUGGCCUCCCUGCCGCCUCGGGAGGACAACGACGACGAGGUGUUCGUGAGGGACCUGCGCUCCACCGCCACUUCCGGCCCCACCUGCGAAGCAGCGCCGCCGCCGCCCAGCCGGGAAGCCCCGGCCCAGAACCUGGACGGCUUCCCUCCGCCUCCCCCUGAAGCUGUGUGCGCGGAGCUGCGGGACAGCGAGGGCUACCGGGAGCCCCACGCCAGCUCCAGCAAACUUGCCAAGGUGACAAUUGCCAAGGAAAGGCCCAUCCCUGGUGCAGCCCAUUUGGUUGAUAGUCAGAUACUGGCUUCCAGAUCCCAGACUUCUAUCAAGAGUUCAGAGGCCAAUGAGACCGACCCACCCUCCACCACUGGUGCUCUGCCCCAGCCUGCCGGGCCUCUUAGCAAGCAGCCAAGCCCAGGGCAGCCACCUUCCAUCCAGACCCAAAGCCUCAGCCACGACCCAGUCAGUGGGACUCAAAGCUUAGAAAAGAAUGUCAGUUCUGGUCCUCAGAAGACCUCAGAAGACAUGAGAACAGAGGCUCUGGCCAAGGAAAUUGUCCACCAAGACAAAUCUCUGGCAGACAUUUUGGAUCCAGACUCCAGAAUGAAGACAACUAUGGACCUGAUGGAAGGUUUGUUUCCACGAGAUGCUAAUCUGCUGAAGGAAAACGGCAUAAAGAGGAAGGCCACGCAGAGAACUGUCAGCUUCCCAGGAUGUGAAGCUAAGAGGAAUGAAGACAAGGAAGCAGUGGGCAUGUUGGUCAACUGUCCUGUCUACUACAGCGUGUCUGCUCCCAAGGCCGAGCUUCUGAACAAAAUCAAAGCUAUGCCAGAGGAAGUGAAUGAGGAAGAGGAGCCGGCAGACAUCAACGAAAAGAAGGCGGAGUUGAUUGGAAGCCUCACCCACAAGCUUGAGACCCUCCAGGAAGCCAAGGGGAGCCUGCUGAUGGACAUCAAGCUCAAUAACGCCCUGGGGGAAGAGGUAGAGGCCUGGAUCAGUGAGCUCUGCAAGCCCAAUGAGAUCGACAAGUACAAGAUGUUCAUCGGGGACUUGGACAAGGUGGUGAACCUGCUGCUGUCCCUCUCGGGACGCCUGGCCCGCGUGGAGAACGUCCUCAGCGGCCUUGGUGAAGACGCCAGUAACGAGGAAAGGAGCUCUCUCAACGAGAAGAGGAAGGUCCUGGCCGCGCAGCACGAGGACGCCCGGGAGCUCAAGGAGAACGUGGACCGGAGGCAGCGCGUGGUGCUGGACAUCCUGGCCCACUACCUUUCCAAGGAGCAACUGCAGGAUUACCAGCAUUUUGUGAAAAUGAAGUCGACACUCCUCAUCGAACAGCGGGAGCUGGACGACAAGAUCAAGCUGGGCCAGGAGCAGGUCAAGUGUCUGCUGGAGAGCCUUCCCUCGGACUUCGUGCCCAAGGCAGGGGCCCUGGCUCUGCCCCCAGGCCUCGCCGGCGACCUGACUGCUGUGGGAGGGUGGACCGUCAGUGGUAUUUUUCCGACAGUAACCUUUCCACUUUAACCUCUUCUUCAGGACCCAACGAAAAGACCACCCCUUCUCUCAACACUAUGUAAUCUGAAAAAUGUUUCAGUACAAGCCAGCCUUUAAACUCUAUGGGUUAUGGGGGGUUUUUCUGGAUAAAAGGAAAAAAAUUCCAUCCAGGAAAAAGCCUGUCUUUUCCUUCUCACCCUUCAUGAUUGAUCUUCUGAGAGCUUGAAUGCUGCUGGGAACUUACUUACCCCUUUCUGUUGUUACUUCGUAGUAGAAAGAAAAUUAAUGAAACUGUGCGAACUGAUCGGAGGGUGUCUGAUCGUUUAGUUUUCCACAGGCUGAGGCAGCAUGGAUAAGUGCGUGUCACCCUCAGGAAUGUACCCACGGUGGCCUUCCCUGCUUGUGGGCGGUGCAUCCUGACGACAGGUACGCGUACUUAAGGGUCUGCAACAUAAAGCCUUAAAGAGAAACACACACACACACAGGAGAAAACUGUCAAACCUUGAACGUUGUUAUUUAUAUUUUUAAAAAUGAAAAAGAUCAUUGUUUGUGUGCUAACCACUUACUUGAUUCUGUUUUGUGGUGGACGUAGACGGUUACAUUUGAGCUUUGUAUUUUGUGAGAACCUUAAUGAAACGAAGAAUUCCAAAGACA